AUGAAUCCUUCAAGUGAUAUGACAAUGUUUUUCCAAAACGUUAAAGAUAAAAUUGAACAAAACUCUACUAAGAGUAAUGAUGUCACCCAACUGGAGGACACAAUACAGAACAUUGAGAAAGAUUGCUCAGUGAUCGAUAUUCAUCUUAAUGAAAUGAAGGACUCUGCUCAACAAAUAUAUACAAAUCUCGGAAAUAUAUACAAAGUUUCAUCAAAAUGUCAAUAUCAUGCAAGUGUUGCGCGUGUUUCUUUCCAAAAUAUUGCCGAAGCUACCACACGCCCUUCAUUUUUCUCUAGGACAUUCCAUUAUAUCGCUGAAUCUGUUACAUAUAUAUCCAACCUCAUGACUGCAAUUUACUAUCAAUUGAAAUCAACUCCAUUUUAA